GUGUCUACCUCCCAUGGUCGCACUUUCCGAAAUAUAAACAGAAUUUUAUAUGGGGAAGAAAUCACCAUCAAUGUUGAUUUGCACAUGUUGUUGUCUUUCCUUCUUGUUGCUUUUUAUGCACACACCUGUGUACAAACCAAACAAACUUUUGCUUGCCAGCGCACAGUCUAGCCACAGGCCCAAGCUCAUCUCUUCAAUGGUGUGACCCCAAAAAAUGAUUUGUUGCGCCCCGGGAUGUGGCCACAAGUCGGGUAACGGGUGCCAUUUCUACAACUUCCCAUCACCGAAUGACGGCCCGGAUUGGGAGAAAUGGUACAAGAUCUGGGUGUUACGGAUCAAUAGGGUGAAUAAGAAUGGGGAGCUGUGGCGUCCGGAAACCCAACAUACCAAGUUGUGCAGCUGCCACUUUCAUCCAGAGCAGCAGUGGGACCCCAAGUCACGCAAAGGAGGAUUAAAGUGCAAAGAGCCGGUAUUUUUCGAGUACAAUUUAGAUUUGUCAUCUUUGGGACCAUUUCAUGAAAAUGCCGGAGUUCUUUCUCCAGGAUCAUCAAGCUCAGUUGAGAAUUCAGGCGUUAAAAUUCAGCAGAAGAGGAUCCACCAUGACUCGAACCCCUCCACUCCACCAUCGACUGGUAGUGACGAACCAGCCCCCAAGAUUAGAUCCACGCAAUCAACUCAAAGAAAAACACACACAGAGAAAUCUUUGAUGAGAUCGUGUUCAACAGCUCCAAAACUCAAGAUCAGGGAAUACUUUGAACAACAAGACGUUACAGAGCCCUCCCAGACUAUCGACCCCACCGUCACCAAUUUGAGUACCUCCUCGAAAGGUCCUACUGAGCAACAGCAUUUGAUUCCAAACGCGAGGAUGCCUCAUGCCCAAUAUAGUCAGCAAGGUCCUAGAUUUGUUUCAGCUGACGAUCAAACUGAGGUUGCAUGUACACAAGUCAUGUACCCAGAUGUCGGUCACAUGGACUUUUUAGAAGUUGCUGGCUCGGUGGAUAAUAGUGAUGGAAGUGAUACUGGGUAUUCCUCCAUACAACAACAGAUGUACAUCAAACACGAGCAUUUGGAUUCUCCUGAAGUUGUUCAUGUUAUUUCUGGCUUGCCUGAGCAAAACCCAAACCCUGGUUUCAAAAUUGAGACAGCGUGCAAUCCCUUGAGGAGGGACAGCAUGGUUGUGGAAUCUGAUGAGGAGGUGCUACCAAGGAUCAUCAGCUCCCAUUCAUUGGAACCUGAUGUCCAACCCGAAGAGAGACUAACAGAGGGGCUAAGAGAACAGCGUGUAUCAAGCCUUCGUCAGUUUGUGGAUGCUGAUCACCAUGAUUCAGCUCCCGUCCCCUCGAAAAAUCCAGUUCAAAAGACCAAGAUUUCAAAUGUUAAACCAAUCAGGAUUUUUACUCCCAAAAGAAUUGGUUCAGGUUCAAAGGUUAGUAGCCAUGACACUCUUUCAGUGGGACCUCUCGAUAGGGAGGAAAUCCAGACCACAAGUCAGACAGGAACUGAAAAUGUUUACGACCAAAUAUUUAGUCGCUUGGCUUCUCCUAUGGCUGUUUCUCAACAUGAGAGCAGUAGGGCUUCUGUUUCUGGGGACACCACGGGGAGUAUUGAAGACAUGCUGAGUGACCACCUUAACUCAACUGAACCACAAGGACACCUUAGCCUAACCCAAGCCUUGGAAAGGGUCAAGGAGCUUGAGAAAGCACUCAGCAUAGAGAAGUUCGGAUUGCAUCGCUUCAUGGCAUCUGACGAGAAGAUCAAGUUCUACACUGGUUUUAGGUCUGUCGAUACUCUAAUGAGAUUCUUUUGGCGUAUCGAGCCAGACGAUUUGACCUCAGAUAGAUCCAGUAAGUGGAAGGACGCGGUAGACUUUGCCAAAGAAACACUGCACAAUUAUCAGGAUUUUACAGAGAAGACCAUUCCGUACAUGGAUGAGCUCUUCUUGUUCUUGUGUCAUGUGUGGCUUGGCCUUCAACCCGAAGAUUUGGCCGAUAGGUUUGCAUUACCCUCGACCAAGCAUGCGCUGUUUAUCAUAAUGCGAUGGGUGUACUACUUGCAUGUCACACUACCAAUCCCCACUUUAAGAGCGCAAGGCACCGCAACCUCAACCUCAACCAAGUCCGUCAGGUUCCAGGGUCAGUUCUGCAACACCAGUUUCCUGCUCCAACCAGUUAGGAUCAAAGUACAGCAAAGGUCCAUCUUGAAUCACCUCAGCUCUACAAGACUCAACUGUCUGGUUUGCUUCUCCCCUUCUGGAGAAGUGGUAUUCACCUCCGAUCCUUUGUCAGAUGUGUCAACCAGUACGGAACUCUUGCAGAGAACAGGGAUUCUCCCACUCCUACAAAGGGGGGAAAGUAUCAUUGUGGAGGGUGAGUUCAUGAGGGAGGGUGUACAUUUGUUUUCCUCAGUGGGUGUGAAAGUUCACCAACUACCGUCCUUUGACUUGCCCCAUAACGCAGCGACUUUUAAGCGUGGGCCUUCCCAUCAGGACACUCACAAGUGUCACACCGAGGUCGUGAGGUUACUGUGCGCAAAAUUUGUGAGGACUCUAACCGCGUUUAAGUGCCUGCAAGAUGUUGUGCUGGACCCUGUAUCCCAUGUGAUUAAGGCUUUGUGGAAAGUCUGUUGUCUACUUGUAAAUUACCAACAAGGAUUUCGAUCUCUGUAAAUUACCCAUAAAUUAGUGUGUUUGUUUGAUUGUUUGUUUGUUAAAAUGAUCUUCCCACCAAGGGAACUCGGCAAAAGUCUCACAAGUAGACAUAAAUCUCUCUCAAACAAACAUUGGUUUAACGUCUAUGAUUAUGAAUUGCACAAAUCAAGAAAUUAUAAAUCGGUAACUAGAUGACAAUUGCUUAUUUUUAGUCAUUUUAAAAUCAGAGAUUAGCUUGGUAGGAUUCGAACCUACAACCUUGUGAUUGCAAGUCAUGCAGGUGUACAGUCACAUUUCUAUGGGACUUUACAAUUUUUUUCAUACGUAGAUAUUGCAAACGAUGUGAUCAGCAAUAGCCAUGCAAUGCAAAACACAGUGUAAAAUAUGUAUCCCAGUUGUAACAAAUUGGGACUAAUAUUGGGUGCGUUCGAUUAGCUUCCCUGGGUCGACCCCGGUCUGCCCCUGGUACGUUUCAAAUAGCGUGACGUCAUGCCAGGGGCUCACCCUGGUCAGCCCUAAGUGCCCUGCUUGUGGAGUGGGUCACUUUGGGGCUGGCCCCAGGUGCAUGACGUUACCACACCACGAGAGGGUGAGUGAUCGUUCCUUUAGCUCUUGUCAGGGGCUCAACUGGGUGAGCACCACGAGCUCGAUACAGGCAAGCUUUAAUCAAACAUCAGACAAGAUUGGUCCAUGUUACAUUGAUGUUCGAAAAACAUGAUCACAGUAGUUCUAGUUGGAGAAAUACUUGGUUGAGAUCACUCAUAAUAUGCUCUAAGCUCAUACUGGUUUUUUUUUCAAAAGCUGAAAUUUCAUGCAAUGAAGUAAAGUAAUUAAAUAGCGCCCUCUGUUGGUGAGGCUUGGCUUUAGAUAUAUGUCAUGAUAAAAAGUCUAAUUUUAUUUAAUGCGCGAUUGUGACAUUGGUCGUUCAUUGGCUUAGACAAACUCACAUUCCUUAACUUACUUUGUGAGGUAUGUUAGCCAUGGACCAAUCAGCACGCAUUAAAUUGUACAAAUGGUACAUAAUGACUGUCUACAUGCAGCCUUAGUGAUAAAAUGAACAUGGGGCUAUAUUUUUUGCCUUUGAAAUAAUCUUACUGAAAUACUUAAGUUUCAUUUGAAACUUGAUCAGAUAGAGUACAGAAGCGUUCUGUUAGUAUUUGUUUUGAAGAGAUGGGAUCAAGUCUUUAACCUAUUUCCCAAUGUCUGUAUUAGUUUUUUAAAGCCAGCAUCUGUCUGUCUAGUUUUCCUGGUUAGUGUGCCACCAAUGGUCCGACCUAGUUCCUUCUUCUGUCGGAGUGUUUGAGCGUGAAACCAGGGUCUUAUUUGUUUGUUCUCACCGUACACUCUUGCUUUGCUGAGAUGUAGUACAUGAGCCAUAUCAACAGCGCGUUUUCCACGUUACUGCAUCUCUUUGGAACUCCUUGCCCGGUUCGUGUUGCCCUCCAUCCUACAAUCUAGACUGUUUUAAGAGGAAUAUCAAUUCCUACCUUCAAUUCCUAGUUGUUGUUGAUUGUAGCUUCCGUCAAUUGUAUUGGGCCAAUUUGGGUAUAAAUUGUUAAUCUAAUUAUAAUUUGUUCCACUAAGCCUGUAAAUAACGCGAUAUUUUCUUCGGUGGAUAAGAUUUGGUUAUCCCAGUGGGAGUUCAAUAAUAGUUCACCGCAGGUUUACUGUUUGGAAUCAUGUUAUUAUUAUUUACAAUUUUAUAAAUCACAUAUAUACACAGACAAACUGCGCUGUUAACAAUUGAAAUGACCACCAACGAACGAAAUAAAAAUCGAGUGAAACAUGAAAUGAAAUUUGUGGUCGAGUUGAACGUAAGUAAACUCUUAUAUAACCUGGACACCUGAAAUUUAUGCAUUUACCAUAGAAAGAAUCAAAUUGUUGACGUCAAUAUUCGGACAGGACUCGUCCAAAAAUCACGCUCAUCCUUUAAAGCCAUUGGACACUUUCGGUAAACAGUAGUGUCCAAGGCCCACAC